AUGGCACCGAACGUACGUGUCCUGACACGCAACGAUGUCCCACUACCACAGCCACAAGACGGCUGCGUGUUGAAGGAACUCGUGCAGUUCCGCUGCGAAAACGACGGCACGCAAUGGCAAUGCGCCCCGUUCAGGCGUUUGUUCGAGCAGUGUCCCUCGCAAGAGGGCACAAACAAGGGCAAAUGUGUUGCCACUAAGCGGUACGAGGUUACUGGUGAUACCACCACCACCACCACCAGCAGAACGAAUCCCAAAUCACCCCAGACGACAACCGGAAACACAGCACGUGACAGAAAAUCCACAUCACAUACCACGAAACCGUCCACGUGA